CUGCAGUAGAGACAAGUCUCUGUUUCUCUCUGAAAGAAAACUCAAACUGACUUCAUCAGGUCUUUCUCAACAACACAGCAGAGUCUCUGCCAAACAGUGAUAUGACUGCUGUGAGCAUUCGGUCAUCUGAAGAUCAGUUUCUGUGCUCCAUCUGUCUGGAUGUGUUCACUGAUCCUGUCAGCACACCAUGUGGUCACAACUUCUGCAAAAACUGCAUCACUGAACACUGGAAUACUAAUGACCAGUACCUGUGUCCGAUGUGCAAAAAGGUUUUCAACACAAGACCUGAGCUGCAUGUCAACACUUUCAUCUCUGAGAUGGUCGCUCAGUUCAGACAGUCAGCGCAACAGAAAGCCGGCAGCAGCAGCUCAGAGCAACAAGUGUCCAAACCAGGAGAAGUUCCCUGUGACAUCUGCACUGGAACCAAACUGAAGGCCCUGAAGUCCUGCCUGGUGUGUCUGGUCUCCUACUGUGAGACUCACCUGGAGCCUCAUCUGACAACGUCAGGCCUGAAAAGACAUCAGCUGAUCGACCCUGUGGAGAACCUGGAAGGCAGGAUGUGUACGGAGCACGAUAAACCUCUGGAGCUGUUCUGUAAGACCGACCAGACAUGUGUCUGCAUGCUCUGCACUGUUUUAGACCACAAGACUCAUGAUGUUGUUCCUCUGAAAGAAGGAUAUGAAGGAAAGAAGAUAGAGCUGAGGAAGACAGAGGAUGAAAUUAAGCAGAUGAUCCAGAAGAGACGACUGAAGAUUCAGGAGAUCAAACACUCAGUCGACCUCAGUGAGGAAGAUGCAGACAGAGAGAUAGCAGAAGGUGUUCAGGUCUUCACUUCCCUGAAGGAGUCUGUUGAGAGAGGCCUGAAUGAGCUCAUCAACACGAUCAAAGAGAAGCAGAAAACAACAGAAAAACAGGCUGAAGCUUUCAUCAAAGAGCUGGAACAGGAAAUCUCUGAGCUGAUGAAGAGAAGCACUGAGGUGGAGCAGGUGUUACGCUCUGAAGACCACCUCCAUCUUCUCCAGAGUGUCCAGUCCCUAAACAUCCAACAACCUCCACCCACCAAGGACUGGACAGAGGUCAGCGUCCGUCCAUCAUCAUAUGAGGGGACUGUGGUUAAAGCUGUGGUUCAGCUGGAGGAGACACUCAGUAAAGAGAUCAAGAAGCUGCUCCCUGAGUCUGAGCUGAAGAGGGUCCAGCAGUAUGCAGUGGAUGUGACUCUUGAUCCUGAUACAGCAUUUCCCUAUCUCAUCCUGUCUGAUAAUGGAAAACAUGUGACUGAUGGUGAUGUGAGGAAGAAUCUCCCAGACAACCCAGAGAGAUUUUCUCAUUAUCGUGGUGUUUUAGGAAAGCAGAGUUUCUCUUCAGGCAGAUUUUACUUUGAGGUUCAAGUUAAAGGAAAGACUAGAUGGAGUUUAGGAGUGGCCAGAGAGUCGGUCAACAGGAAGGGAAACAUCACACUGAGCCCUGAGGAUGGUUACUGGGCUAUACGGUUGAGAAAUGAGUACUACGCUGCUGCUGACCCUGAUGUCCAUCUCUCUCUGAAGUCUCCUCCUCAGAAGGUGGGGGUGUUUGUGGAUUAUGAGGAGGGUCUGGUCUCCUUUUAUGACGUAGAUGCUGCAGCUCUUAUCUACUCCUUUACUGGCUGCUCUUUCACUGAGAAACUCUUCCCAUAUUUCAGUCCAAGCAUUAGUGAUGGUGGUAAAAACUCUGCCCCCUGAUCAUCUCUCCUGUCAGAGUAAACUAAUCACUGAUCUCAUUUGACCUCUCUCUCUCUCUCUUUCUCUCUCUCUCUCUGUAUUGAUUUAUUUUAAGUCAAGGAACAGAUUGUACAUAUUCAUAUUUUCGUCUUCUUUUCUACAGAAUCGGUUUCUUGUGGUGACUGAUUUACACUUUAUUCCAUUUAUUAUCAUAUGGUUAAAUGUGCAGCAAUUCCUUACAAAUUGAAUCAAACUUCAUCUUGACAUAUUUGGUGUCUUUAGUAACUGAUUUCUUCUGGAAGUUAUAAUGAAUGUCUUUGGGUUUAAAUAGAUAUUGUCCACAUAACGUGUGUCAUGAUGCAUCAAAUUAAUGUGAUGAAUUAUGACUAGAAACAAAGCAAUUGCAGAUAUCCGCAAAUGGAGAAAACACAAAUGUUUGUGUUUUUUCUCAUUUUAAAUAUGUAAAAUUAAAAAAGGUAAAGUGCAUAUCUGAUGGGGCAAUUAGGAUCUAAGAGGUAUAUGGUGUGAAUUGGUUGUCGGAUGUUAUUUUUUAUAUUCCUUAAUGUGACAGGAAAGAGUCUGAAUUAUUGUGGCAUAUUUGCAGAAAUAAAGUUUGUUUGUUGAUACCAAGAA